AUGGCUCUUCGGAUGUCGAUGAGCUCGAGACUCCGCCAACCCAGCUUCUUGGCACGCACCAUCACAGGCACAAGGCGUUGGUUCCGCGCGUCGGCGCGGCGACGCAGUACGCUGACCAGAAACGACACUCUCGUCGCGUUUGUCAUCUGGUCGGUCUUCGGCACCCUCUAUGAGUUUACAGACGUGCCUCGGCCAGUCUCCGGUUCAACGAGCGCGGCAGUAUGUUCUCCCAGUAUUUCUCAGCGAUACUGCUUCCGAUAG